AUGUAAGACUUUUAGUCUGGAGAUGUAAUAGCUUAAGAAUAUCAAAUUGUUACUAUGUUAGCAUAAGGCUCUUUUGGAAAAGUAUAUUUAGGAAAAUCAUAAACCAAAAACAUGAAUGUAGCUAUUAAAGUAGAAAAAACUGAGGUUUCAUAUUUCAAUAGUUUAAUCAGAGAAGUAUUUCUAUUCAUUAAAGUUAAUUAGGUUGAAAUUCUAAAAAUAUUAGAUGGGGUUCCAUCUGUACCUAAAGUUAUAUGGUCAGGAUUAGAAAAAGGAUAGAGAAUCAUGAUCUAAAAUCUUUUAGGAAAAGAUCUCAUACAUUAUCAAAAAAAAAUGAAGAAAUUUUCUUAUGAAUGUGUUUGCAAUAUAGCUUAUUAAAUGAUAGGAAUUCUUGAAUAAAUACAUAAUAAGUAAUUUAUUUCUUAAAAUAUUAAGAAACAUUAUUCAUAGAGAUCUUAAACCAGAAAAUAUCUUAGGGGCAUCACAAUCAGAUAAAAUCUAUUUAAUUGAUUUUGGAAUUGCAAAGAAUCUUGAAUCGAAUAAAAAAAGCAAAGAGAAAAUUUCAUUUAUUGGAACUACUCGAUAUGCAAGUCUAGCUGCUCAUCUAGCUAAAGAAUAAAAUAAAAAAGAUGAUUUAGAAUCAUUAGGAUAUAUCAUAAUUUAUUUUCUUAAUGGAAGUUUACCUUGGAUGAAUGUUGGAAGGGACGAUAAUGAAAGAAUUGAAAAAAUUGGACUUUUAAAAAAAGACAUGUCACCUGAAGAAUUAUGUGAGAAUCUCCCAAAAUCAAUCUUCAAGUAACAUUCUUCAUCUUAUUAUUAGUAUAGAUAUAUGAAAUAUGUAAAAGGGUUGUCUUCUAAAAUAAAACCUAAUUAUGCACAAUUAAAAGAUUUAUUUAAUACUGUAAAUAUUUAACCAAAUAUGCCAUUCGAUUGGAAUCAAAGAGCUAAAGCAAAUCGCAAGAUGAAUUCCAAUAAAUCCAUUAAGACUUCUAAAUCUGCAAAAGUGCUUAGCAAAUCGAAAUCAUAAUUUGGAAAAACUUAACGCAAUAGUUCUAAGGAAACAUCUUAAAAACUAAUUUAAUAUGCUCUAACUCCUAUUAAGAAGCAACAUAAAACUUUAGUAUUUCCAGAAUCUUAAGAUAAAACAGUUUAUCACUCUAGUGAUGAUAAUUAGCAAUAAAGUAGUCUCAGUGAUGAAAAAAAAAGUAAAGAAAGUGUUAAAGUUGGAUAUUCUAUUAGUUAUGAACCUUCUAAAUUUUCUAGAUAUUCCUAACACAACAAAAGUCCAAUCUAGCAAUAAUAAAAAGAGAGAGCCAGAGUUUCUACUUUAGAUGCUAAUCCAUAAGAUUUAUUUAUUAUGCCUCUUCAAUCAGAAUAAUAAUUAUAAGAAUUUGAAAACCAAGAUUUAGCAAUCAAAUACAACUUAUUGUUUUAUAAAUCAAUUUUAUACAAUUACAAAAACCCUAUUCAAGAUUUCAAGGCUAGUGAUUCUAAUUUUAUAGAUUGA